GGAGGCCGCGCACGCCGGCCCUCCCCAGCCCCGGGCCCGCCCAGGUGACUGUAAUCUUGCGGGGUCCCAAGCACUCAGUUCCCCAUUCUGUCCCAGCAGCUGGGGCUCCACAGGCUGCGAAGAAUGGGCAGGCUGAGCGGAUGCAGGGGGAGCCGGGCCAGAGAUCCAGGGCCGCAGCUGCCGCUGUUGCUGCUGCUACUGUCGCCGGGAUGGGCCUCCCGGGCCUCCCAGCCGCCCCAUGUGGUCUUCGUGCUAGCGGACGACCUGGGCUGGAACGACGUGAGUUUCCACGGCUCGACCAUCCGCACGCCGCACCUGGAUGCGCUGGCGGCCGACGGGGUGGUCCUGGACAACUACUACGUGCAGCCGCUAUGCACGCCCUCGCGGAGCCAGCUGCUCACCGGCCGCUAUCAGAUCCAUAUGGGCUUACAGCAUUAUCUCAUCAAGACCUGUCAGCCCAGCUGUGUUCCCUUGGAUGAAAAACUCUUGCCCCAGCUUCUAAAGGAAGCAGGCUAUGCUACGCACAUGGUCGGGAAAUGGCACCUGGGAAUGUUCCGGAAAGAAUGCCUGCCAACACGCCGAGGAUUCGAUACCUACUUCGGGUACCUCCUCGGCAGUGAAGACUAUUACACCCACCACUCCUGUGCGCUCAUCGAGCCUUUGAAUGGUACACGCUGUGCCCUUGAUCUCCGAGACGGUGAAGAGUCCACAACGGAGUAUGACAAUAUUUACUCAACAAACAUAUUCACCAAAAGGGCUACGACCCUGAUAGCUAACCAUCCACCAGAGAGACCGCUGUUCCUCUACCUUGCUCUCCAGUCCGUCCACGAUCCCCUGCAAGUGCCUGAGGAGUACACGAAGCCAUAUGACUACAUCCAAGAUAAGCACAGACGUAUUUUUGCGGGGAUGGUGUCCCUCAUGGAUGAAGCAGUGGCAAAUGUCACCACAGCCUUGAAAAGCCACGGACUCUGGAACAACACUGUGUUCAUCUUCUCCACAGACAACGGUGGGCAGACUAGGUCUGGAGGCAACAACUGGCCACUCCGGGGAAGGAAAGGGACCCUGUGGGAAGGAGGCGUCCGUGGCACAGGAUUUGUGACAAGCCCCUUGCUGAAGCAGAAAGGCGUGAAGAGCCAGGAACUGAUGCACAUCUCCGAUUGGCUCCCAACCCUGGUGAACCUGGCUGGGGGAAGCACCAAUGGGACCAAGCCUCUGGACGGCUUCGACAUAUGGAAAACAAUCAGUGAAGGAAGCCCAUCCCCGAGAGUGGAGCUCCUGCAUAACAUCGAUCCGGACUUUUUUGAUGGUUUGCCAUGUCCUAGUGAGAACACGGCUCCAGCAAAGAACGACUCUUUUCCUUUAGGCUAUUCCACCUUUAACACAUCUAUCCAUGCUGGGAUUAGAUACAAAAACUGGAAACUCCUCACGGGCUACCCAGGCUGUGGAUACUGGUUCCCGCCUCCAACUCAAUCCAGUGUGUCUGAGAUACCUUCGCUGGACCCACCGGCCAAGACUCUCUGGCUGUUUGAUAUCAACCAGGACCCUGAAGAAAGGCACGACGUGUCCCAGGAGCACCCCCACAUCGUCCGGAAGCUUCUUUCCCGCCUGCAGUACUACCACAAACACUCUGUGCCUUCCUUCUUCCCACCUUUGGACCCUCACUGUGACCCCAAGGACACUGGCGUGUGGAACCCCUGGAUGUAGGGUACCACGGGAGUCUGGAACCCAUUUCUGCACAGGCUCGUUCUCAGACCCCCUGCUCUGCAGGCUUUCCUUCUUUAUCAUCCCCACCCCUGCACCUGGUCUUCACGCUACACAACUCCCUAAAGGAGUCCAGUUUCAACCCACUGUACAUUUUUAAAGACAGUAAAAACCUGGAAGGACCCUGCUGUUGGCUGGAGUUAGCAUCUGGGGGCCAGGGUGGCUGGGUUGUCCCUCCUGCUCCCUAAGCUAUGGACGCUGGGAACUUGACAUAGAAAGCAAUCUGAGUCCUGGAGGCCAGGGCAGCUGGGUCUUUUUGCUUUACAAGUCAGUCAUUAGAACUCCCUCUGCUAAUAACCAGUUUUAUUGGCAAGAUUUGUGUCUUGGAACAAAGGCAGGGAGCAGAUGAUUGCUGAUGGUUCUGCUGGCUCUGAGGGCUCCCUGUCUGGGAGAUCUUGUCCAGGAUUUCCGUUUCCGUGACCAGUCAGUCAGCUCACCCAUCUCUCGCUCAUGUCACUGUGGAGCAUAAAGUCAGUUGCCGUAAGCCAGCAUGGAGAGCUGUCUGUGCCUCCAUUUCCACAACAGCUAAGUGUGUUUUGAUCCUGCUACGCCCAACAUUGUUGCUCAUUCUGUCUAGGCUUCUGCUAGCCCCAGCUUGUGUGGCUUGUGUCAUGCCUUUGGACUUCACUGUCCUGAUCCUGAGGUCACUUUCACCCAUUCUGAGCUGUGGGAUAGUCCCAAGCCCCGCCUAGAGAAGGUGGACUGGUCAUCCCGUGGCCAUGCUCAUGGGAGCUGUGGGUCUGUGGUAUCCGUUAAGGAGGUUUAUUCUCAGUUGCAUGGAAUCCAUCAAGAUUGUGGCUGUAUCUCCCAAUAGGCCAUGAUCUACACUGCUUUCUCAGGCAGUGGGAAGAAAGGCCAGGAAAGCACCUCCUAGCCCUGAGAUGAUGAAAGGGGGCAGUUUGAGAAAGGGUGUGGUCGGUGUCUGGUACACCGGCCUUAGCCAAGCAGAGGCACUGUCUAUACUCUCCUCAUUCUCUGUUUCGCUGCCUUGUACUGGGGUCCUAGGGCGGAAGAAUGAGGAUGCACUCUUUGACCUUGACCUUGAGCCCUUUCUCAGACCCUCUUACAUCCUACUGAUGUGAAUCCAUCCAUAUUAGCUGCAGGGAGUGUCAAACCCAGAUGAGGACAAAACUGUGUUCCUCAUCAGCACCACUGCUUUGUUCACAGUCAACGUCUGGGACAUAAUAGGCACUCAGUACUUU